UCGAUUCCAGUCAUGGAAAAGGUUAUGAAAGAUAUUUGGAUCCACACAACAAUGAACCGAUGCCACGGACGACAGCUUUUCGAUUAAAAAAACAGAUAGAAUCUUCUGAACAAGAACAAUCUUUAUUGAACUUAAAUGAAAGGGAAAAUCUUUCUACUACUAAACAUUCUUCUUCUGAUGAUGAAUAUUCAAAUCGAACUGACGAUAACAUGGAGAGAAUGUCUAUAUCGCCACCAAUUGGAGAAAAAGUUAUCAACAAUCACUGUGGGUGGCAUCAAUUUGACUUUAUAGACAGUGACAGCGAAGAUGAAACAAUCAACGAUACAGAUGUUUGGUUCGAUGCUGAAGAUAAUUCAAAAUCUGCCGAAGAUGAUGAGUCAAUGAAUAACGACAUACAUAAUGACGACGAAGCAACUUUUCUGUUAAGCCAAAGGUUAUGUGAAUGUACUAAUACUACGAGAGGAGAAGCUGUUAUGAUGGUACUUUUAUUAGGUGCUCAACACUCACUUACAUGGACUGCAAUAAUUGACAUUCUUUCAAUGAUUAAUACCUUGUUUGGAACAAAUGUUGUACCAGCAUCAAAAUAUAAAUUAUUGAAGAAUUUGUCAGUACCGGACGAUGCAGUAAAAUAUCAUCUAUAUUGUCCUGAGUGUCAACAAUAUAUUGAAGAACGUGCAGAUUUGAAAAUAGCAACACCAUUAUCAUGUACGAAUUGCGAAGAGACGAUCCCCAAAUCAAAAAUAUCUUUCUUCUUAACAUUAAAUUUUCGAGCGCAGCUUCAACAAUUGUUGGAAAAUACUGAAAUACAGAAAUUUUUCGAAUCUGAACGAAAUCGACAAAAUAGAGGAGUACUGGAAGAUAUUUAUGAUGGUCAUGUUUACCGGAAAUUCAGUGCUGACAAUCAACCUUUAGCUAACCGUUAUAAUCUGUCCUAUACAUUUAAUAGCGAUGGGUGCCAAAUGUCAAAAUCAAGUCGACUUGCAGUAUGGCCGAUAUACGCUAUGAUUCAUCAACUACCACCGAAGUUGAGGGCAAAACAUAUCAUUAUGACUGGUUUGUGGGUCAGUAAUGUGGAACCGAACAUGAAUUUAUUUUUUAAACCAUUUGUUAAUGAAGCAAAUUCUUUAUCAAGUGAAGGUAUCCAAUGGAAAUUAGGUAAACGGCAAAUAACGAGCAAAAUAUUUCCACUCAAUGGAUGUUUUGACUCCGUUGCACGUUGUAAAAUUUUAAAUAUGAAACAGUACAAUGGCUAUUUCGGAUGCACGUUUUGUGAACAAAAAGGUGAUUAUUUGAAUGGAAUACGAUAUCCAAUAUCAACUACUGUGCCUGAAGAUCGUACAGAUAGAUCUAUCAAAAUUGCAAUGAAUGAAAUUAUAAGUAAUCCACAAGCACCAAGUGAAAUCAAAGGUGUUCUUGGUCCAUCCAUUUUGAUGAACUUGGAAUAUUUUGAUUUGGUCGACGGCAUGGUACCUGACUAUAUGCAUUCAAUAUUGCUUGGAGUUGUCAAACAGUAUACAGAAAUUAUAUUGACUACCGUUAAUGCAGAAUUUUAUGUUGGAUCUCCUACAAAUUUACUUAGAAUAAAUCAGAGAUUAUUAUCGAUCAAACACCCUUCAUGUAUUACACGAGCACCCAGAAGCUUGCAAGAAAGAAAUAUUUGGAAAGCAUCUGAAUGGCGUUCAUGGUUGAUAUUUUAUUCACUAAUUUGCUUAGAUGGAAUUUUACCUGCUCAAUACUUAAAACAUUUAGCAUUGCUUGUUUCAUCUGUAAAUAUAUUUUUAUCCAAAAGUAUAACAAAUGAGAUGAUCAUCACAGCGGAUGGCCAACUUAUUAGAUUUGUUACAUUAUUUCAAGAAUAUUUUGGAGAAAGAGCCAUGACUUAUAAUAUACAUUUACUUCUUCAUAUGCGCACCAGUGUAUUCAAUUGGGGGCCAUUAUGGACUCAUAACGCCUUUUGCUUUGAGAAUGAAAAUCAUUUCAUUUUACAAUUGAGAAAAAGUCCUACUUAUGUAGCUUUACAAAUUGCAAGGAAAUAUUAUUUGUACAAAUCACUUCCAACAUUCGGAGAAAAAUUCAUCAAAGGUGAAAAUUUUAACAAGUUUUGUAGCAGCACGUUAAAUGGAAGAUUAAAAUAUAAUUUUAGAGAAGGAAAUUGUAUAUUAAUUGGAAAUGGAAGUGAUUAUGAAUUGAGUGAAGUAGAACGAAAUCUGAUUGAUUUACCGAGUAGCUGUAAAAAAUUUACUCGAAUGAUUUGUAAUGAUAUUCGAUAUACUUCAGAAUGCUACCGUAGAUGUGAGAAAAAAAAUGACUCCAUAAUCCAAAUGAGAAAUGGAAAGUUAGGAAUUAUUUCAAAUAUAUGCUACUUUUUAGAAUCAAGAAAUAUCGUUAUAUAUUAUCGCGAAAUUUUAUUGAAUGAUGAUCCUUUCUUCAUGUCAACAGAAAAUGUAAAUAUUACUCACAUCAAAAAAUGUUCUGUAACAAACAUCAUUCAAACUUGUAAUCCGGAAUCCUUAGUUCAACCAGGUUUUUUAGUUGAAAUAAGAACGAAUAACCUACUUUUUAUCACCAUACCACAAGGAUGUUAUGGAGAUUGAAAUAAUUUUUAACAGAUUUCAAAAGUAACUAUGAUUUUACUUAUUACUAAUUUAAUAAUUACUAUUAAUUACUAGUACUUGAUACUUCAUUAAAAGUUCGACCUAAAGCACUGGCUUUAUCCUGCAUUCCAUCAAAUGUUCAACAAAUCUAUACGCAGUUAAUUUUAUUAAAGAGUGUAUAAACAUUUUGAUGAGAAUUUCGCUUGAGAACAGGUUUCAAAAAUAAUUAAUAAAAGA